AAUUAAAGCACAAAGCAUUCACUUUCCUUAAACAACUUCUUUCUCAAUUCUCCCCUUUCAAUUUCACACACCCCUUCAAACCAAGAAAGAGGCCCAAGAACAAUGUCAAAUGAAGAAGAGUUACUUUCUUCUUGUGAUGCCGAAUUUAGAAUAGCGAAAAAGACUGGAACUUGUGAUGCUGAUUUUAAAGAAGAUGAUGAAGAGGAAGAAGAAAGAGAUGUAGAAACUUUUGAUGGUAAUGAUGAAUCAAGAUUGAAUCAAGAACUGAAUCUUAUAGACAGUUUUAACAUGGGCAGUUCAACAGAAAGUACAACUCCACAAGUAUCAGAAACAACUGAACCUAGGGUUUUCUCAUGCAACUAUUGUCAAAGAAAAUUCUACAGCUCACAAGCAUUAGGUGGUCACCAAAAUGCCCACAAAAGAGAGAGAAAUCUUGCAAAAAGAGGCCAAAGAUUAGGGUUUCUUUCAACUCCAAUGAUUUCAGCAGCUGCAGCUUUUGGCCAUGCAUAUAUGCAACAACAAAACCACCAUGGUCAAAAUUACUGUUCUACCCUUUCAUCACUUCCUCUCCAUGGCUAUAACAACAACAACAACAACAAUAGAUCUCUUGGAAUUCAGGUACACUCCAUGAUCCACAAACCUUCUAGUUCUAUGUUUUCGGCUUCGAGUUCUUCGGGUUUCAAGAGCUUUUAUGGACCAAAAGGAUGGUCAUCAAGACCUCAUGUUGAUCAGCAGCCAGCUAUAGGGAAGCUCAACUUGGCUAGCUACACCUCAACUCUCACGGCAGCUCCACCGUCGUCCCACGGUGGCUUUGGGCGGUUUGAAGUGCUUAGGACAGGAAUAAAUUCAUCUGUUAAAGAUGAGAUUGGUGGUUUAUGGUGGCCGGAGUUGAAGAUUAAUCAAGAUGAGUCACAAAAACUUGAUCUGUCCCUCAAGCUCUAGUCAAUUCAGUUACAUUUUUUUGUUAAAUCUUUGUGGUUGAGAAUCCAUUAUACUUAUGUUUCUUUUUCUUUACUUUUUUGUUUAUUUUUUUUUAAUUUAAGUUAAUAUAGUGUGUAUAUUUAGAUCUUGGAAAGAUUGUUUCAGGGUA